GCUCGGGCCAAUUAGAGGAAAGGCGCCAGGAUGGCAUGGUGAUGGUUCGCAGCGGAGAGGUAAGGUGACAAGGUUUGACAAGAUGUACCAAGUCCCACUGCCACUGGACCGGGAUGGGACUCUGGUCCGACUCCGCUUCACCAUGGUGGCCCUGGUCACAGUCUGCUGUCCACUUGUCGCCUUCUUCUUCUGCAUCCUCUGGUCCCUGCUGUUCCACUUUGAGGAGACUACAGCUACACACUGUGGGGUAGGGAUUGGGGGCACCACUUCCUACAGGAUGUUCUCUGCAGCCUUCCAGCCCUUGGACCCUGAUGGGACUGUUUUCCGGCUUCGCUUCACGGCCAUGCUCUGGUGGGUCAUCACUUUCCCCGUGUUCGGCUUCUUCUUCUGCAUCAUCUGGUCCCUGGUGUUCCACUUUGAGUACACGGUGGCUACUGACUGUGGGGUGCCCAAUUACCUGCCUUCCGUGAGCUCGGCCAUCGGUGGGGAGGUGCCCCAGCGCUACGUGUGGCGCUUCUGCAUCGGCCUGCACUCCGCGCCCCGCUUCUUGGUGGCCUUCGCCUACUGGAACCACUACCUCAGCUGCACCUCCUCGUGUCCUAGCUACCGACUGCUUUGCUGCCUCAACUUCAGCCUCAACGUCAUCGAGAACCUCGCGCUGCUAGUGCUCACCUAUGUCUCCUCUUCUGAGGACUUCACUGUCCAUGAAAAUGCUUUCAUUGUGUUCAUUGCCACAUCCCUCAGUCACAUGCUCCUCACCUGCAUUAUCUGGCGGCUGACCAAGAAGCACACAGUAAGUCAGGAGGAUCACAAGUCCUACAACUGGAAACAGCGGCUCUUCAUCAUCAACUUCGUCUCCUUCUUCUCGGCGCUGUUCGUCUACUUUCGGCACAACAUGUAUUGUGAGACUGGAGUGUACACCAUCUUUGCCAUCCUGGAGUACACUGUUGUCCUAACCAACAUGGCAUUCCACAUGACAGCCUGGUGGGACUUCGGGAACAAGGAGCUUCUCAUUACCUCCCAGCCUGAGGAAAAGCGAUUCUAAACCCUUCUCCUGCUUGGGUGGGGGUCAGGGGCACUGCCUAGAAACUAGAAACGAAAUACCACUCUGGCCUUUCCCACCUCCUGUGUCCUCUCUGGGCCCUACUGAAGCUGGGAAAGGGGAGAAGGAAGAGGGCAUAGGACAUGGCUUUACCCAGCCCUACAGCACCUCUUUCUUCCCAACCCACGUGAAGGCACAGGAACCUUUAAGUAGCAUCACCCUUACCAGAGAGGCCCCAAGAAACUGAGCUGGCAGGAGAGCUCCACCAUCUGGUGCUAAAAAAAAGUCCUGAGGUUCAUAACCACCAUCCGGUUCUUGGCCUUAACAUAGCCACCUCUCUUUGAGGUCAGGGACCACUGAGCAGUGGCUGCCACCUGAAAACCACAGUCAUUCUCUUCACGUGGCCAUUCACUUGAUCAAUGUUUCUAAUAAUCUACUCUGCACAUCCAGGCCUAUGGCCACAGUUCCCUACUAAGGUUGCCCAGAUGGUCUAGUCCUGACUUCAUCUCUGAUGAUGGGGGGUGGGCAGGUAUGAUUUCCAAGGGCUCUGCCAGUGUGUGCUUCUGACACCACCUUAUGGAGGAGGUGGUCUGUACCUGAAAGUUGAGCUGCUCCAGAGAAAACACUAGCACGGCACAUACUUCUCUUUCCUUAUGAAAAUCUUUGACUUACAGACUCUUCCUUGGCAAAAGUGUGGGGUGGAAGAGUCAAGCACAGAUUCCCAUCCCCCAACUAGUGCCCCCCACCAACCUCUGUACUAUCCCAGGCCCUGAACUCUUUUGAUUGUACAUUCUAUUUUAAAGGAAAAUAAAAAAAAAUUUUUUUUGGCCAACAGUCUGGGCGAGG